AUGACUUAUGCUAUUUGCGCUCGCGAAGAGGCAUCCUCCCCCGAUGUGAUUACAGAUGACGGUUCUAUUUUAGCUGUGUUGAGAGCUAAACCGAUGUUUCUUGAAGAAAUCUGUAAAGCUCAGAAAGAUGACAGUGAGUUGCAAGCUAAAAGAGAUCAGUGCGAGUUGGGUGUAGAGAAGAUCGGUUCUGAUGGUUUUUUGAUGUUCAUAUAUCAGAUAUGUGUACCGAAGAAUGAUGAGCUCAUUCGAAAGAUCUUACAGGAAGCACAUAGCAAUUCUUUGUCUAUUCACCCAGUAAAGGCCGAACAUCAGGUACCUUCAGGUUUAUUGCAUCCUGUAUUAGUUCCUGAGUGGAAAUGGGACCGAGUUACCAUGGAUUUUGUGACAGGGUUGCCGUCGACACUGAGAAAAAAAGAUACAAGAUAG